GUCGCGUGAUGGCAUUCAGUCGCCAGGGACGUCCAUUGCGUUUCUCAGGGACCCGUCUAUCUAAUAUCUCCAGCGCAGCACAAUGUGAACCCAUUCCUUCGAUCCAGCUGCAUCGUCAAAAUGGAUUCACCUUCUCAAAACCGUUCGCCCCAAGGGGACCAGACAGUGUCUGUAUCGGAGGCGUCAGAGCCCAAGUCUGCCUCUCUCGGAUCUAGCUAUUUUAGAAUUCUAUCCUACGGAGCACGAAAUGGCGGCAUCUUCGCCAUCAUCCUUGGCCUCGCAUGCGCCAUGGGAUCAGGCAUUGCUCUUCCUUUGAUGAAUAUCGUCUUUGGUCAGCUCGUGGGCGUCUUCAACGAGUAUUUUGUGCCCAACUCCCGCGUGACUGAAGAGCAAUUCAAAUCGGCCGUCAACACAGACAGCCUUUACAUUGUCUAUCUCUUCAUUGGCAAAUUCGUAUUGACCUAUGUCUCCAUGAUCUGCUUUCGUCUGGUGAGCCUUCAUGCCUCGUCCAUCCUACGCCUCGAAUACACGCAGACUCUGUUUUCCCUCCCCGUCAGCAGGCUGGAUGAGAUCUCGGUAGGCUCUGUCACGCAUGCCAUCACGGCCUUGUCCAACACGAUUCAGCAGAGUGUCUCCGAUCGGCUGGCUGUACUGUUCCAGUCCAUCGCCCUGCUCAUCGCAGCGUAUGCCAUUGCAUUUCGAUACUCGUGGGCCCUCACACUCGUCGUCAGUUCGGCCAUUCUCUUCGUCAUUCUCGGUUUCUGUCUCACAGUGCCAUUCCUGGUCAAGGCGCAGCAGCGCGUGGAUCAGGCAGAUACAAAACAUGCCUCUAUCGCUGCGGACGUCUUUGGCUCCAUGCGUACCGUGCUCUCGCUAGGAGCGGAGGCUCCCUUGUCAAGGAAGUAUUCCUCGUGGGUAACAGAGGCACGGAAGCGUGGACUACGAAUGUCGCCCGUCACGGGGAUCCAUAUGGCGCUCUUGUUCUUUUCCAUGUAUGUCAGUUUUGCACUGGCAUUCUGGUUCGGACUGAAGCUCUAUCGGGAAGGGCAUAUUGCGAAUAUCAACACGGUCAUCACGGUGUUCUUUUCUGUCCUGCUGGUUGUCUCCGUAUUGGGGAAUAUCGCAUCCCCCAUCAUGAUUAUCUCCAAAGCCAUCAGCGCGUCUGGGCCUUUCUUCGGGGUCAUUGAUUUCAAGGUCCCUUCGCUGUCCGGCUUUGGAGAGGCAGAUGUGUCCGCACAGGCAGAUAUUGUCUUUACAAACGCUACCUUUGCAUACCCAGCACGACCGGGCGUACCGAUUUUAAAGAACUUCACCGCGCGUUUUCAACGCGGAAAGACAACAGCUCUUGUAGGACCCUCUGGGUCUGGCAAAAGCACCAUCGUAGCGUUGAUUGAGCGAUGGUAUCAACUGCAGGAAUUGUCGGAUGGAGCAGUCCAGGGCGAGAUUCUUGUCGAUGGGCGUGAUAUCAAGCAGCUUGAUAUCAAGUGGUGGCGCUCCCAGAUCGGACUGGUUCAACAAGAGCCCUUCCUUUUCAACAAUACCAUCUUUAAGAACCUUACUUUCGGCUUGAUCCGGUCGAAAUGGGAGCACGAGUCGGAGGCUGUCCAGAUGGAAUUGGUCAAGGCUGCGUGUAGAGAGGCAUUUGCGGAUGAGUUCAUCGAGCGACUUCCUCUGGGCUAUGAUACAGUCAUUGGGGAAGGUGGCAUCAACCUCAGUGGCGGUCAACGCCAGAGACUCGCCAUCGCCCGUAGCAUCGUCAGCCAACCGCCGAUUCUUAUUCUCGAUGAAGCAACGAGCUCCAUUGAUGUUCGAGGUGAGAAGGUAGUCCAGGCUGCUCUCGACCGCGUAUCCAAAGACCGGACAACAAUCAUGAUUGCACAUCGGCUCUCGACAGUUCGCCGGGCAGACCAUAUCAUCGUCAUGCAGGACGGGACGAGCAUUGAGGAGGGCACCCAUGAUGAACUCACUCACAAGCAAGGAAUGUAUCACAGUCUUGUCCACGCGCAGCAGCUGGCGCCUUUGUCUGAGCCUGCGGGAAGUGAAGGCAAGGAAGCUGUUCUCUUGCAAAAUGCAGAACUGCAACCACAGGAUCGUCCAGCGGCGGACGAUACGGAUGAGGAGAAACAGACGAGCACAAAACAAAAAAGGAUUGGUUUCUUUCACAGUUUUGGUAUCUUUAUACACGAGCAUCGUCGCCGUUGGAUCUUGUUCGUCCUGACGCUCGUGGGGGCCAUCGGGGCUGGAUCGGGAUUUUCACUACAGAGCUGGCUGUUUGCACAGCUCAUCCAAGUGUUUCAAUUCAGAGGGCAGAAACUCGCCGAUGCGGCCAGUUUUUGGGCGUUGAUGUUUUUCAUCCUUGCGCUGGCUAUGGGGGUGUUUUAUUUCCUCAUGGGGAUGUCUUCAAAUUCCCUGUCCAUGUUUAUCGUAUCCUCAUGUCGCACCGAUUACUUCUCCAGCCUCAUCCGCAAGCCCGUCGCCUACUAUGAACAGGACGAAAAUGCCUGCGGCAGUCUGAUAUCCCGACUGUCGACGGAUCCAAAACAGGUCCAGGAACUGUUUGGGCCAACCGGGGUGUUUCCUCUGAUAUCGGUAUUCAAUGUCAUGGGAUGUGUCGCCAUCUCCUUUGCCUUUGGCUGGAAACUGGCCGCAGUCACCUUCUUUGCCGCAAUGCCGUUCCUCUUCCUGUCUGCGUACAUGCGCAUUCGGUACGAGAUGAUGUUCGAGUCGAUGAACGCAGAGGUGUAUCGAGAUAGCUCGCAGUUCGCGACAGAGGCCAUCCGGGCAUUCCGGACCGUCACUGCUCUCACCAUGGAAGAUGUCAUCAUCAAGCGAUACUCGGAUCUACUGACGCAGCAGAGGAAAAAGGCCACGCGCAAAGCAUGGUAUGCUACUCUCAUCUUUGCCUUUUCGGACAGUGUCGAGCUGUGCGCGAUGGCCCUCACUUUCUGGUAUGGAGGCCAGCUGCUCGCCUCGCGCGAGUACGGAAUCAUCUCUUUCUUUGUCGUGUACAUCGCUCUCAUCCAAGGCGGCCAGUCUGCCGGCCAGUUCUUCAGCUUCGGUCCCAACAUUGCCCAGGCCAAGGCGUCGGCCAGUCGUAUCCUCAGCGCCAGACCAACAGCAGAGGAGAUGCUGCUGCAGAACCCAUCCUCGCAGCCGUUACCGCCCUCUCAUUCCAACGCCGACAUCGAGCUCAGAGACGUUUCGUUCACCUAUCCCACGCGUGACAUCCCAACCUUUGUCAACCUCAACGUCUCCGUCCACAGCGGCCAGUUCGUCGCCUUCGUCGGCCCCUCAGGCUGCGGCAAAUCCACCAUCAUCUCCUUGCUCGAGCGAUUCUACGACCCCACCCACGGCUCUGUCCUCUUCAGCGGCCAAGACAUCCGCUCCAUCGAGCUAUCCUCCUACCGCCACGCCCUGUCUCUCGUAGCUCAAGAACCCAAACUCUUCGACGGGACAAUCCGCGAUAACCUCCUCGUCGGCCUCGAAGACACCGAGCCCCCCAUCACCGAAGACCAAAUAAUCCAAGCCUGCCAAGACGCCGAAAUUCACGACUUCAUCACCUCCCUCCCGGACGGCUACUCCACGGAGCUCGGCGUCAGCGCGCAAACCUCCCUCAGCGGCGGCCAGAAACAGCGCUUAUGCAUCGCCCGCGCUCUCAUCCGCAACCCACUCCUCCUCCUCCUCGAUGAAGCUACCUCCAGUCUGGAUUCGCAGUCGGAAAAGCUCGUCCAGGGUGCUAUGGAGCGGCUGGCGGGGAAACGCAGCAUGACUAUUAUAUCGAUUGCGCAUCGGCUCGCGACGAUCCAAAAGGCGGAUAUGAUUUUUGUCUUUGGCGAGAGCACAACGGGCCCGGGUUCUGCGAUUCUGGAACGCGGGACGCACCAUGAGUUACUGAGAAACAAGGGACCUUAUUGGCAGAUGUGUCAAGCGCAAGCUCUGGAUCGACAGGUGUAGGCCAUUGGCGUUUAUAAUAUCAAUUCGGUAGUUAAUUUAAUGUAUAAUUUAUCUUAUCAAUGAUCUAUAUAUAAUAUUCAGUGGAU